GUAGACGCAUGACGUCACUUCCCGCGUGUGGCUUGGCUUCCUGCGCCGUUUCCUACCUCGUUCUCUCUUUGCUGCCAGACCUCCGCCAUCAUGGGUCGCAUGCACGCUCCCGGGAAGGGCCUGUCCCAGUCGGCGCUGCCCUACCGCCGUAGCGUCCCCACGUGGCUGAAGCUGACGUCUGACGACGUGAAGGAACAAAUUUACAAACUGGCCAAGAAAGGCCUGACUCCCUCCCAAAUAGGUGUGAUCCUGAGGGACUCGCAUGGUGUGGCGCAGGUCCGUUUUGUGACUGGUAAUAAAAUCCUGAGAAUCCUUAAGUCGAAAGGCCUUGCCCCUGACCUCCCUGAGGAUCUGUACCAUUUGAUUAAGAAAGCAGUGGCUGUCCGAAAGCAUCUUGAGAGGAACAGAAAGGAUAAGGAUGCUAAAUUCCGCCUGAUUCUGAUAGAGAGCAGAAUUCACCGGCUGGCUCGUUACUAUAAGACUAAGCGGGUCCUCCCACCCAAUUGGAAAUAUGAGUCAUCCACAGCCUCUGCUCUAGUGGCAUAAAUUCUUGUGUACACAGCAAUAAAAUCACUUUGAAUAAAUUCGUGUUUUGUGUUUC